AUUGUUGCUUUGUUUCACCUUAAGUGCUGGACCUUCUCUAGUCUGCCAUGGCUCUGAUCGUCCAUCUAAAAACGGUUACAGAUCUGCGGGGGAAAGGAGACCGGAUCGCUAAAGUGGCAUUCCGAGGUCUUUCAUUCUACACACGGGUUCUGGAAAACUGUGAGGAUGAAGCCAGAUUUGAUGAGACUUUCCGAUGGCCGGUUGCCAGCAAGAUUGAUGGCAAUGAAAUGCUGGAGAUUCAGGUGUUUAACUACAGCAAAGUCUUCACAAACAGGUUGAUAGGGACAUUCCGUAUGGUUCUUCAGAAGGUUGUGGAGGAAGCGCAGCUGGAGGUGUCUGACACUCUAAUUGAUGACAACAACACAGCCAUCCCGACGAGCGUCGCCAUAGAGAUAAAGUACCAGGCCAUGGAUGGGACUGUUGGGGCUUGGAAUGAUGGAGAGUUUCUCAACGUUCCUAACGACCGCGACGGGGCCUUCCAGUUCGAAACAGACAGCCUGCUGUCCGGACACAGCCAGGGGUCAGGAGCGUCUCCGGGGAGAUCCCAUGGCAGCCUCCCUGCCUUCAGGAAAGCUGGGAAGGGGGUGUUUUCAGCCAUGAAGCUGGGAAAGGUGCGUUCCUCCAAGGAUGACCACAAGAAAGGAGAUGAGCCGGCCGUUCUGGAGACGGAGGACCUUGACCGCAGGGCCAUGCGGCUGGGUGGCGGUCUGGACCCUGACACCAUCUCUCUGGCCUCUGUCACCGCCGUCACCACCAACGUUUCCAACAAAAGAUCAAAGCCGGAUAUCAAAAUGGAGCCUAGCGCCGGGAGACCUGUAGAUUACCAAAUUAGUAUCACUGUGAUAGAGGCCCGACAGCUAGUUGGACUGAACAUGGAUCCAGUGGUUUGCGUGGAGAUUGGAGAGGAGAAGAAAUACACGUCCAUGAAGGAGUCAACAAAUUGCCCCUACUACAAUGAGUAUUUUGUCUUUGACUUCCACGUUCCUCCUGAUGUCAUGUUUGACAAGAUCUUAAAGUUGUCGGUGAUCCAUUCAAAGAACCUCCUGCGCAGUGGGACUCUAGUCGGCACAUUUAAACUGGACGUUGGCACAGUCUAUUCACAGCCUGAGCAUCAGUUCUACCACAAAUGGGCCAUGCUCUCUGACCCUGAUGACAUCACCGCUGGUUGUAAAGGUUACGUCAAAUGUGACAUCGCAGUGGUGGGGAAGGGAGACAACAUCAAAACCCCACACAAGGCCAACGAGACCGAUGAGGACGACAUAGAAGGCAACCUGCUGUUACCAGAGGGAGUCCCAUCUGAACGGCAGUGGGCUCGCUUUUAUGUGAAGAUCUACAGAGCCGAGGGCCUUCCCAAGAUGAACACGAGCAUCAUGGCCAACGUGAAGAAGGCUUUCAUUGGAGAGAACAAAGACCUGGUGGACCCUUACGUCCAAGUGAUUUUUGCAGGACAGAAGGGGAAAACCUCAGUCCAAAAGAGCAGCUACGAGCCAAUCUGGAAUGAACAAAUCAUUUUCACCGAGAUGUUUCCACCACUUUGCAAACGGAUGAAGGUCCAGAUACGAGAUUCGGACAAAGUGAACGAUGUUGCCAUAGGAACACACUUUAUCGAUCUGCGGAAGAUCGCCAAUGAUGGGGACAAAGGUUUUCUUCCCACGUUCGGCCCUGCGUGGGUGAACAUGUACGGCUCCACGCGGAACUACACCCUCAUGGACGAGCACCAGGAUCUGAACGAGGGGCUUGGGGAGGGGGUCUCCUUCCGGGCCAGGCUGCUCAUCAGCAUCGCUGUGGAGAUCCUUGACACCACCUCUUUAGAGAUCGUGAGCUCCACUGAGGUGCAGGUGGAGCCAGUGCCCAACAUCUCAGAGUCUGCUACUGGGAAAGUGGAGGAGUUUUUCCUGUUCGGAGCCUUCCUAGAGGCCACUAUGAUUGACAGGAAGAUUGGCGAUAAGCCCAUCAACUUUGAAGUGACAAUAGGUAACUAUGGGAAUCAGAUCGACGGGGUGAGCAAACCGACGUCGACCAAGAAGAAGAAGAAGGAUGGAGGCGAGAGUGACGAGGAGGAGUCAGACCUGAUCCAGAACUCUAGUGAUGACGAGGCGGAGGACGACGGGGACCUGAUGUCGGUCUCCACCACCCCACCCAUGAAGCCCGUCAUAACAGACAGGAAUUAUUUCCAUUUGCCUUAUUUUGAGAAGAAGCCUUGCACCUACAUCAAGAGCUGGUGGCAGGACCAGCGCAGGCGACUUUACAACGCCAACAUAAUGGACAAGAUCGCAGAUAAGCUGGAAGAGGGGCUGAAUGAUGUUCAGGAGAUUAUUAAGACAGAGAAGGCCUACCCUGAACGCAGGCUUAGAGGAGUCCUGGAGGAGCUGAGCACAGGCUGCAGUCGCUUUGUAACCCUGGCUAACAAAGACCAGAACCAGGCGGGCAGAACCAAGCUGGACCGGGAGAGGCUCAAAUCCUGCAUGAGAGAACUGGAAAAUAUGGGUCAUCAAGCGAAGACUAUCCGCUCUCAGGUGAAGAGGAACACAGUCAAAGACAAACUGAAACUGGUGCACAACUUCCUUCAAAAGCUGAGAUUCUUGGCCGAUGAGCCUCAGCACAGCAUUCCCGACAUCUUCAUCUGGAUGAUGAGUAACAACAAGCGCAUCGCCUACGCCCGCAUCCCUUCCAAAGACAUCCUGCACUCCAUCGUGGACGAGGAGACUGGGAAGGAGUGUGGCAAAGUCAAGGCAGUCUUCCUCAAGCUGCCCGGCAAAAAAGGUUUUGGGCCAGCCGGUUGGACGGUUCAGGCGAAGAUGGAGGUGUACCUCUGGCUGGGUCUCAACAAGCAGCGCAAGGACUUCCUGAGCGGCCUGCCGAACGGGUUUGAGGAGAACAAGGCUGUGAAGGGCCCCGGCCUUCAGUCCGUGCCCCCCAUCAGUCUCUUGUACAACAUGAAGCAGGUGUUCCAGCUAAGGGUGCACAUGUACCAGGCCCGAAGCCUGUUUGCAGCAGACAGCAGUGGCCUGUCAGACCCCUUUGCCCGGGUCUUCUUCUCUACCCACAGCCAGGUCACCGAGGUGCUGAAUGAGACUCUGUGCCCCACCUGGGACCAGCUGCUGGUGUUUGAUAAUGUGGAGCUCUUUGGGGAGGCCAGCGAGCUGAGGGAUGACCCUCCCAUCAUUGUCAUCGAGAUCUACGACCAGGACACUGUGGGCAAAGCUGAGUUUAUAGGUAGGACCUUUGCCAAACCCAUCACCAAGAUGUCGGACGAGCACUAUGGGCCGCCCCGCUUUCCCCCGCAGCUGGAGUAUUACCAGAUCUAUCGCGGUAACUGCACAGCGGGAGACCUGCUGGCGGCCUUCGAGCUGCUCCAGAUCGGCCCGGCCGGUAAAGCCGACCUGCCCCCCAUCGAUGGCCCCACAGAUUCUGACCGUGGACCCAUCCUCCCCGUCCCGUUGGGAAUCAGACCUGUGCUGAGCAGGUACAGAAUUGAGGUACUGUUUUGGGGCCUUCGGGACCUGAAGCGCGUCAACCUAGCCCAGGUGGACAGGCCUCGUGUGGACAUAGAGUGUGCCGGAAAAGGGGUGCAGUCUGCACUGAUCCAGAACUACAAGAAAAAUCCCAAUUUCAGCACACUGGUCAAGUGGUUUGAAGUGGACCUGCCAGAAAACGAGCUCCUCCAUCCCCCACUCAACAUCCGUGUGGUGGACUGCCGUGCUUUUGGACGCUACACGCUGGUGGGGUCUCAUGCUGUCACCUCUCUCAGAAAGUUCAUCUACAGCCCCCCUGACAAGAACGCCAACAACUGGGCCACUGCAGCUAGACUGAUGAACGGCUACAUGGGCCUUACCAACGGGAGCCCCCACUCUCGCACCCUCUCUCGCCCCACAGGCGAUAUAGUGGUCAACAUGGAGCCCGAGGCCCCUGUCAAGAAGAUGGAAACCGUGGUCAAGUUGGAUGCUACCUCUGAUGCUGUUGUUAAAGUUGAUGUGAAUGAAGAAGAGAAAGAGAAGGAGAAGAAGAAGAAGAAAAAGAAGGGGGAGGAGCCCGAGGAGGAGGAAUAUGACGAGAGCAUGCUGGACUGGUGGUCCAAGUACUUCGCCUCCAUCGAAACCCUGAUGGAGAUGCUGCGGGCACAGGAAGCGGCACAGGCGGAGGCAGAGGAGAAGGAGGACCUGGAGAUCGCUGCGGAGGGUGGAGAGAUCAAACCUGAUGACUCUCCUAUGAAAGGCACUAAGGGCAAGGAGAAGGGAAAGGAAAAAGCCAAAAGCUCCAAGGACAAGAAGAAGGGCCAUGCUGGGGACGGGGCGGAGAAGAAGCCCAGCAAGCCGAAAAUUGAUGAGCUGCAGGUGUACAACAAGGAGCUGGAGCAGGAAUAUGACAACUUCGAAGACUGGCUUCACACGUUCAACCUGUACCGGGGAAAGGCUGGGGACGAUGACGACCAAAGCGUGGGAGAUGAUGACAGGAUCGUCGGCAGAUUCAAAGGAUCCUUGUGCAUGUACAAACUCCCAUUGUCAGACGAAAUCUCCAGGGAGGCAGGCUUCGACCCCAACAUGGGCACGUUCCAGAGCAUCCCACACAAUGACCCCAUCAAUGUCCUCGUCCGCGUGUAUGUGGUCAGGGCCACUGACCUGCACCCUGCCGACAUCAACGGGAAGGCCGAUCCUUACAUCUGUAUCAAACUGGGCAAGUCAGAGAUCAAAGACAAAGAGAAUUACAUCUCCAAACAGCUGAACCCUGUCUUUGGAAAGUCCUUUGACAUUGAGGCCACCUUCCCAAUGGAGUCCAUGCUCACUGUGUCAGUCUAUGACUGGGAUUUGGUGGGCACCGAUGACCUCAUCGGGGAGACCAAGAUCGACCUGGAGAACCGCUACUACAGCAAGCACAGAGCCACCUGUGGCAUCGCCUCCCACUACUCUGUCCAUGGCUAUAACAUGUGGAGGGACCCAAUGAAGCCAGCGCAAAUCCUGGCCAAGCUGUGCAAAGAGGGCAAGCUGGACGGGCCCCACUACGGGCCUGGUGGGCGAGUCAAAGUGGCCAACCGCAUCUUCCUGGGACCCACUGAGAUAGAGGACGAAAACGGACUGAAGAAGCAGACGGACGAGCACCUGGCCCUGACAGUGCUGAAACACUGGGAGGAGAUCCCACGGGUGGGCUGCAAGCUCAUCCCCGAACACGUGGAAACCAGGCCUCUCCUCAACCCAGACAAACCAGGCAUCGAGCAGGGGAGAAUCGAGAUGUGGGUGGACAUGUUUCCCAUGGAUAUGCCAGCCCCAGGGCCAGCCAUCGACAUCUCACCCAGAAAGCCAAAGAGAUAUGAGCUAAGGGUCAUUAUUUGGAAUACAGACGAAGUAAUUCUGGAAGACGAUGAUUACUUCACUGGGGAAAAGUCCAGUGACAUUUUUGUUCGGGGCUGGCUGAAGGGCCAACAGGAAGACAAGCAGGACACGGAUGUCCACUAUCACUCGCUCACGGGGGAGGGCAACUUCAACUGGCGCUUCGUCUUCCCAUUCGACUACCUGCUGGCCGAGGAGAAGAUUGUCAUCUCCAAGAAGGAGUCUAUGUUCUCCUGGGACGAGACUGAGUACAAGAUCCCCGCCCGCCUCACCCUGCAAGUGUGGGAUGCUGACCACUUCUCAGCGGACGACUUCCUAGGUGCAAUUGAGCUGGACCUGAAUCGGUUUCCUCGAGGUGCGAAGACGGCCAAGCAGUGUUCCGUCGACAUGAUUCUGAAUGAGCAGGAGCUCCCCACCAUCUCCAUCUUCAAGCAGAAGAGGGUCAAGGGCUGGUGGCCGUUUGUAGCGCGCGACGAAAACGACGAACUGGAGCUCACGGGCAAAGUGGAGGCAGAGCUACAUCUCAUGACAGCUGAGGAGGCAGAGAAGAAUCCAGUCGGACUGGGGCGCAAUGAGCCAGACCCUCUGGAGAAACCAAACCGACCCGACACCACCUUCCUCUGGUUCCUCAGUCCCCUCAAAGCGAUCCGUUACCUCGUCUGCAACCGCUACAAGUGGCUGAUCAUUAAGAUUGUGCUGGCCCUGCUGCUGCUGGUUAUGCUGGGCCUCUUCCUCUACAGCAUGCCAGGCUACUUGGUGAAGAAGCUGCUGGGGGCCUGAGGUGGGGGGAGGAGAGAUUAUCACUCUGUACUCUCUCCCCGUCUCUGCUCCUAACCUUGCCUCUCGCUAUGCAGUGCAGCACCAGCAACUUCCCUCCCACUCUCGGCGAAAACAUCUCAACAGUCUCACCUUUUCAGUCAAAAGGCUCUCUGCCACAUCA